UCGACAUCCAGCUGUCCGGUCGCUGAUUCAUUUCACCACACACCAGCUCUGGGUGCAAACUCAGAAGGGGUGUUGGGGAAAUUGAAAGGCGUCCUAAAAGGGCCCACAAGGAUUCCAUCAUCAUAAGAUAGCUCCGAGAAUGGGAAAAUCAGAGAGCCAAAUGGAUAUCAUGGAGAAAACCACUAAACCUAGAAAGCAUCGCUGGACCGUCGUGGAGAUCGGAUUGUCCAUUAUUGUGCUUCUCAUGAGCUGUGCUCUGGCUGGACUCAUCGUGCUGUACACUUCAGCUGUGAAAGAGCGUUUUAACAGAAAUGAUUCUUCAAAAGGGCUGAAAUAUCGAUCAAACUCUGACAGCAAUGUCUGUACAACCCCAGAGUGUGUGACUGCUGCAGCACGAUUGCUCCAGAACAUGGAUCCCAGCAUGGAGCCAUGCCAGAACUUCUAUCAAUAUGCCUGUGGAGGCUGGAUGGAGCGUCAUGUCAUCCCAGAGACCAGCUCACUCCACAGCGUAUUCAACAUCCUGAGAGACGAGCUGGAGAUUGUGCUCAAGGGAGUUCUUGAAAUGGAAAGUAAGAGUGACAGAGAGGCCUUCAAGAAAGCCAAAACACUUUACAGUUCAUGCAUGAACGAGAAUUUGAUUGAGCAGCGGGACUCGCAGCCUCUUCUCAGACUCAUCGACAGUAUUGGUGACUGGCCCGUUGCCUCUGAGGUCUGGAACAGCACGUCAGAGGAAGCAUGGAGCCUGGAGGACAAGCUGGCCAUUCUGAAUGCCCAGUACAGUAAGAAGGCCGUGCUCGAGAUGUUUGUGUGGCCAGAUGACCGUGACUCUAGCCAGUACAUUAUCUAUGUUGACCAACCAGCACUUGGCAUGCCUUCAAGAGAUUAUUACCUCAGUGAUGGAAACUAUAAAAAGGUGCGUGAGGCCUACCUGGAGUUCAUGGUUUCCAUGGCAAGGAUAGUGCGAGAAGACCGGAACUUGACCCAAGAUGAAGAGCACGUGUGGAAGGAGAUGACUCAAGUGUUGGAGUUGGAGACGGAUAUUGCUAACGCUACCUCACCUGCAGAAGAACGCAAUGACAUCACUGUGCUGUACAAUAAAAUGACACUGACAGAGGUGCAGCAAACAUUCAACCUCAAUGGCUUUAACUGGACACGCUACAUCCAAGGUAUCAUGUCCAGUGUUUUGAUUACAGUGCAACCAGAAGAACCCAUCGUCGUGUACUGCACACCAUAUCUCGAGAAGCUCACUGAGGUUCUCUCUAAACACAAUCACAGGACUCUGCAGAACUAUCUGUCCUGGAUGCUCAUCAUGGAGCGGGUGAGCAGUCUGAGCCGUCGCUUCAAAGAUGUGAGAGCGCACUACAGAAAGGCUUUGCAUGGCACUACAGUAGAGGAGGCGAGAUGGAGAGAUUGUGUACGUUACGUUCAGGGCAACAUGGAAAAUGCAGUUGGGGCUCUGUAUGUACGGGAAACAUUUUCUGGAAACAGCAAACGCAUGGUGGGUAAUCUGAUUAGACAGAUUCAAGAGGCUUACAUAGAGACGCUGGAAGAGUUAACCUGGAUGGAUGAACAGUCCAAGGAAAAAGCCAGAGAGAAGGCUAUGGCAAUAUCAGAACAGAUUGGUUAUCCUGACCACAUCCUUGAGGAGGAGAAUAAGAAACUGGAUGAGGAAUACAUUCAUCUUAACUUCAGUGAGGAUGACUACUUUGAAAAUAUUCUGGAAAAUUUAGCAACAUCAGCCCAGAAAGUUCACAAAAAGCUGAGGGAUCCCGUCGACCCUGAUAUGUGGAUUAUUGGUGCCGCAGUGGUCAACGCAUUCUACUCCCACAACAGAAAUCAGAUUGUAUUUCCUGCUGGGAUCCUACAGCCUCCGUUCUUCAGUGAGAAACAGCUGCAGGCGCUAAACUUUGGUGGAAUUGGGAUGGUGAUAGGACAUGAAAUCACUCAUGGAUUUGAUGACCAUGGCCGGAAUUUCGACAAGGAUGGGAACAUGUACAAUUGGUGGAGCAACUAUUCUGCCGAGCACUUUGAAGAUCAAUCUAAAUGCAUGGUGGAGCAGUACGGCAAAUUUAGCUGGAAACUUGCAGGAAGCCAAAAUGUCAGUGGCAUCACAACAUUAGGAGAGAAUAUUGCUGACAACGGUGGAGUUCGUCAAGCGUAUAAGGCAUAUAUGAAGUGGGUGCAGAGAGAGGGUGAAGAGUACCGUCUGCCCGGACUGGACAUGAAUCAUAAACAGCUGUUUUUUCUGAACUUUGCCCAGGUCUGGUGUGGUGCCUGCCGCCCUGAAUAUGCCAUACAGUCGAUCAAAACUGAUCCUCACAGUCCAUUGGAGUACAGGGUACUUGGUUCCCUCCAGAACUUCGAAGCAUUUUCCGAAGCUUUCCACUGUGAACGAGGAACUCCCAUGAACCCAGAGGAGAAAUGUAGAGUGUGGUAACCUUGCGUAGGAAGAACUUGAGGCUGUGUAUAUUUAACUAAUAAGGCAGCAAUUACAAGAGCUUGGAUCAUAAUAUGUUAUGCUAUUAUUCUGCAGUGGAAGCUGCCUGUCUCAUGUGACAGACGCAUCCAAGGUGUUAGACACCUACAGUACAUGUGUGACUACAAAGAUGUAUACUGUGAACUUUCAAAAGUGCACAUAUAACCAACGACUACAGGCAUAAUGAAUGUGCACAUUGAGGGUGGUGUUUUUUUAAAUUAAAAUACUUUCUCAUAUCCCAUCUAAAUAUGGAGGAAUAACUGCAGUAUAAGCAAGCCAUUUGUUGGUUAAUUUCCCCCAAAAUUGUAAAACACUUUAUGAGUGCUUUUGAGUAUCGCGACUAGCCUGACACAGCAACACUGACUCAACCAAUGAGGUCAGUUUGGGGCAGCACUAUGUGUUUGGUUGGCCAAUUUCAGAUGGGGAUAGUGUUCGUAAAACCUGUUUGAAAACAAGAAAAAUCUUGAUUUUUGCAAGAAUUUGUCUUGUUUACAGGUUUCUUCUUACAUUGGAUUCAUUUUGGCAUUAAAAUAUGUGUACAAAAUUGUUGAAUUGUGACGACAAGGCUUAUUAAGGUUAUUUUUUCCAGAUUAUGUAAACAGAUAAGUCCCUCAUUUGGCUUUUGAUUCUGUCGGCUCGCCAAGAAAAUAUCUGAUGUGCUUGUCAGAUCCCAAAAUCGGCCAGCAACUGGAGGCUUGGAAGCCUACAUAGAUUGCGGUUUGAAUAGAACCCAGUCAAGGCAUCAUCUUUCAUUUUUCAAUAAACAACCUUGAAAUAUUUUGAUGAUGGAAUGAGAUUUGUUUGCUUUUUAAGCAUUUAGUGAGAAAAUCAGCAAAAUAGACAGUUCCUGUUGAGUACUGUUUUCCAAAAAUUGAAUAUAUUUAUGUGCUUGCUACGUUUCACUCAAGAGUCUGUAAUACGAGGGCUUAACGUUACAUAAACGGGCCUUUUUUGCUUCUCUAACAAUUACCUGACAACCUUACGACUGUUAAAACAAUAUUCUUUCAAACUGUGUGUGUUUUGUGUGCAUAGACCCAAUUUAUUGCUGCCUUUCAAUACUUCUCUUUCAAAUGUUAUGCCAGUAGAAAAUAUCAUGAAGUUCCCACAAUACGGGAACAAAAUAGUUACAACAGGUCUCCAAGAACCGAGACUGUAUACAGUAAUAAUUGUUACUGUAUAUACAAGCUGUAUAACAUCUUUGCUCUGCUGUGGAUGAUUUCUGUUGCUCAGCUAACUAUUGACGUCUCACUGUAUCUUGUUUAGCAUGUUAAAUGAUUAGAAUCAGACAUGUAUUGAAAUGUUGUUGCUGAAAGAGAAAUAAUUAAGAUAUUUAACACACUGAGGGGUAUUAGACCUGUCCACCUCCUGAUUGGGUAUCACCAAGUAGAAACUAUGUAAGCCAGCUAUCACCUGAUGGAUUUGUUCAUAAAAUAACGUAACGUACUGUAUAUGUUAUUGCUAAUUGCCAUAUAUUUGUGCUUAUGUAGGCCUCUUUGGUAACGUUCACAAAUAUUUCAUAAUAUAUAUAUAUAUAAUAGACUAGAUGUUUUG